UUGUCUAAUGUACUGUAGAGUGUAGUAAAAAAUAAAAAUAUUCUUUUAGAUAGGUGCUUUAUUCUUUGAUUUAAUUCGUGUAAUUUUUGAAAAUACUUUGUAAAAUGUAAAUCAAUAAAUAAUAGUUACGUAAAUACAUCAAAGAGCACUCCUUUACUUGCCAACGAAAUUAAUGUUUGGUGAAGACCAUGUCUCUUUAUAGAAUAAUCAAUAGUUCAAGAAUAUUAUACCAGGGUAAUCGCAGUAGUUCUAUGAUUUCAAAUACGAACUAUAAUAAUUAUGUGUUGUUACAAAAAUUUAGGUUUCAAAUAGAUAACAGAGGAAAACACACCAAAAGUAUAAAAAAAGAGAAAGAAAAAUUUAGAAUGUAUGUUGUUCAACGUUACAUGGAUUAUGUCAAAGAGUAUUCUUCAGUAUUAGAAACAAGAUUUCCUUCAGCAGUAAAGAUGUACAGAGUAUUUAGUGUCGGUAUGAAAGAAUUUUUAAGAGACCUAAAGAGAUACAUCACCUUAAGGAUUAAUUUAGUUAAAGAUCAAAGUUUUUCAAAUAUGAGUAGACAAGAUAUUGAGCUUUAUGAGAAAAUGCCAUCAGACAUGUGGAGAAUAGCUCCUGUUCUCAUAUUAUCUGCUAUACCAUUUGGUAAUUACAUCAUUUUUCCUUUAGCGUUUUUAAAGCCAAAAAUGUUAUUAUGUUCUCAUUUUUGGUCAAUACAACAAAAAGCAGAAUUUUCAAUACAAAUUUUAACAGAAAGGUUGAAAAACAAUAGAGUAGUAUUAAGAUCAUUGCAAGCAAAAAUGGAUGCAAUACCUGAUACUGAAAUUAAAAAAAAGUGGGAGAGAAUUCUUGCUCUGCUUGGUUCCGGAGUUCAUCCUUCAGUGUCUGAUAUACUAAAUUGCAAGGAACUGUUUAUUAAAGAACCUUACCAUUUAUCAUCUUUGUCAUAUAACCACCUGGGACAUUUACUGAAGAUGCAUGGCUUAAAGAAAGGUUUGCUACGAAGAAAAAAAUUAAAAUAUAGGGCAUUCAUUUUACUGGAAAUGGACAAAGCCAUUAUAAGAGAAGGUGGGGUGGAAAAACUUGGAACAGAUAAUUUAAGAAAUGCAUGUCACAUCAGAGGAUUGAACGGUAGUCAUUUAACAAAUCAAAAUAUGCGGGAUUGGUUAAUACAAUGGCUUAAUAUUUCUCAGAAUGUAGAUAAAGACUCAUAUUCGUUACUCCUGCACUGUCCAAUAUUUUUUGCUUAUAACCACCCACAAAACUGGGUGUUGAUUUACUAGAUCAUUUAUUAUCUUUGAAAAGUAAAAAACAUCCGUUUGUUAGUCAAAUUCAAACUUGAUGUAGACUGCAAUGCCGGCAAUACUCUGUUAUUCCUCUGUUGUUGCAUCAGAAUGUUGGUGGCUGAGAUCUUUAUCUCAAGGUGAACUGAUCACUUGUUUGUAUUCCUCUUCCAUAAAAAGGGUUUAUAUGAAAGAUAGCUAUUUUAUAAUUUGAACUUUGGACAUAUUGCAAUACAAUUGAUUAAUCCUCAGUUUUAUCUCAGUAAUGACAUCACUAUGGCUUUUUUGCACAAAACAAUAUAUUAUGGUAUUUUUUAAAAAUGUAUUUAUUAUAUAAUUAAUAACAAUCUAAUGUAAAAAUUUCAAGCUAAAAAAAUAUGUAAAAUUAAGAAAUUAUUUAUGAAUAACUGUUUUAUUUUUGUUUUUGAGCUGAUAUAUAAAAUCAGCUUAAUGAUAUAAUAUAUUAUAUAUGUUUGUUGGAGAUUUUAAAUGUUAAAAUUCUGGGCUUGAUAGCUUAAGACUUAAAAGUGUUGUUAUGUUAUAAUUAUUAUAUUACAUUUUGAUUUAUAAUUAUUUCAAAAAUAAAGAUGUGCCACAAACUUAUUUCUUAAAUUCCCGGCGAUACACAUUAAACACUUGAUGGCUUUUUUGAAUAGAAGUAUUUUAUAUGUGACUAAACGUUUUUAUUUGUAACAGAAUUUACUGCUACAGUUAAAAUAAAUCUGGUAGUAAAAUUUGUUUUCAACUGAUUUAUGAGGUAUGUUAUUUUUCUGUGUGUUUCUUCUUUGUUUUGGACAUUCAAUUAUAAGUCAGAUUCUUUCAUAUAAUUUGUAUUAAUUAUUACUGAUUGUUGAUUGACUAGCUUUAUUAAAAGUUUUGCUAAUUG